UCAAAGAGUGGCAAAAAAAAGGAAGAAAUUUCGAAACUAAAUAAAAAGAGAAAAAAUGAAUCUAGCGAAGGUGAGUCAAAGUUAAAUCUGGGAAAGAAGAUGGUGAAUAAAAAAGGAAAGAAAGCGACCAGAAUAAUAAACAAAGCAAAGAAGAAUAUGAGAGAGCAAGAAGGGGAACAAAAACGUAAGUUAAAUAACGAGAAGAAAGGCAAGAUGCAAAAAAAAUCAAAGAGUGGCAAAAAAAAGAAAAGGAUCGAAAAUUCAAGAAGGGAAAGGGAAAAAACAAAAAGAGAAAAAAGAAGAAGCAAGAAAAAAUGAUGUCUGGUAAGCGAGAAUAUCAAAGCGUCAAUGCACCAAAGAAGAACGAGGAGAAACAGACCAAGAAACAUAAGGAACUAAAGACAAAGGAAAAGGGCAAGGGUAGCCAACAAGAUCAAAAUGCAACCAAGAAAGACCAAGAAAAACAGGCCAAGAAACAUAAGGAACGAAACACAAAGAAAAAGACCAAGGGUAGCCAACAAAAUCAGAAAGCAACUAAGAAUGACGAGAAGAAACAGAACAAACAACAUAAGGAAGUAAGGACUAAAGAAAAGAGCAAGGGCAGCCAACAAGAUGAGAAAGUCAAAAGCAAGGACAAGGACGAAACGAGAAGGAAGAAAAAGAAGUGUCCCCCAAAAAAGAAAAAAUGUGUCAAAGCAGGAGGACUUUGCAUUAAGUGGGGAAAGUGCAAGAGUGUAGUGAUACCCGGCAAGUGUGGCAAGAAGAAAUGCGAGUGCUGCUUAAACUGCAAAUCAACUUCCACAAAAAAAUGUAAAAAGAAAGGUGGUAAGUGUAAGGAAAAAUGCAAGAAGAGAGAAAAGCAGAUAAAGAAAGGUUGCCGUUCCCACAAAUGUAAAUGUUGUGUCAAGUGUCCCAAGAAAUGCAUGUAUGGACGUGGCCACUGCGUCUCGAAAAAGAGACACUGCCAUGGCCACAUUGAGGGCAAAUGUGAAAACAAAGUCUGCUUCUGCUGUAUUAAGGGCGUCAAGACAACAUCAACAAGUGUAUCAACGUCAACGCUGUCAUCAACAACGGUAUCAUCAUCAACAACGAUAUCAUCAACAACAACUACUGUAUUAUCAUCAACAACACCGGCGGUGUCAUCAACAACAACACUAAUGUCCCUUAGUAUUGCUAAUGAAGAGGAUGUUAGACUUUUAAUCGAAUACUGUAAUUCAUAUGUUAGUGCGGGAAAUAUGAUUCAAAUGAUGACCAACGAUCUGAUAGUCACAGCUGAGGAGAUUAAAGAUCAACUGGAGGAUAUGGUAUAUAACUACAACAUCAACAUCAACAACGACUUCAUCAACAUCUACAACUACAUCAAUAUCUACAUCAACAUCAACAACUACAUCAACAUCUACAUCAACCUUAACAACUACAUCAACAUCUACGUCAACAUCAACAACUACAUCAACAUCUACUACAAUCACAUCAACAUCUACAACAAGUCUAUCGAUAAUAAUAAUGCAGAAGAAAUAGCCUCUCUUACUGGUGAAGCACUCACACAACUAAUGUCUCUUAGUAUUGCUAAUGAAGAGGACGUUAGACUUCUAUUCGAAGAUGGUAAUACAUGUUACAUCAACAUCAACAUCUACAUCAACAUCUACAAUUACAUCAACAUCUACAACAUCAGCAACUACAUCAAGCUCCACAACUACAUCUAUAAGGACUACAUCAACAUCUACUACAACAACAUCAACACCAACAUCAACAACGACAUCAACAAGUACAUCAACGUCUACUACAUCAACUACAUUAACAUCAACAUCGACUACAUCAACAUCAACAACUACAUUAACAUCUACAACAACUACAUCAACAUCUACUAUAACAAGUACAUCAACAUCUACAACAUCAACACCUACAUCAUCAUAAACUUCAACAUGAACAACAACUACAUCAUCUAUAACAUCAACAACUACAUCAACAUUAACAACAACUAUUAUAAGAUCAUUUACAUCAACAACUACUAUAUUAUCUACACGAUGCGACAGAGAAAGGACAUACGUUCCAUCGUCGUCACAAGAUCUAUUUGGGACAUCCUUGGACAUGAGUAUGGAGGGGCUGCCUCCGACACCAGGAGUGAACAUCCACCUUCAGACCCCGACGAAGGUUGA